UAUUUCUUUCCAGUCUUCUACAGUCCUGUGUUUGCACCGGAGGUCUCGCGCAGCUGUGCAGAGAUGGACAAGAUUGGCGCGGACGCUCCCCAGCGAUUCCCCGAAAUUAUUGAGCUCAAUGUCGGAGGGCAAGUUUACGUUACGCGCCACUCAACUUUACUCUCCGUGCCGAAUUCUUUACUUUGGACCAUGUUCGGUCAGAAGAAAGCCACGGAACUUACCACCGACAGCAAAGGACGGUACUUUUUGGACAGGGACGGCUUUCUGUUCAGAUAUAUUUUGGAUUACUUGCGGGACCAGACUCUGGUUUUGCCCGAUUACUUCAAAGAGAAGGCGAGCCUUCUUAAAGAGGCAGAGUAUUUCCAACUUCAAGACCUGGCAAAACGCCUAAGACCAGCAGUCAGUAAGGAGAACUCCAUUAGCGAGGAGGUGUGCCAGAGCGACCCGGAGGAGGCUGCGCUCGCCUGCACCAGUAUCACCAGCACCGGCCCUCGCUCUCCGUCUCUGGAUGUGAGGAAAACCGGCUACAUAACCAUCGGGUACAGGGGCUCCUAUACCAUAGGACGAGACAUCCAACAGGACGCCAAAUUUCGACGGGUGGCGAGAAUCACAGUGUGCGGAAAAACAUCUCUCGCCAAAGAAGUUUUUGGGGACACCCUUAACGAGAGCAGAGACCCCGACAGACCUCCAGAGAGAUACACUUCUCGCUAUUACCUCAAGUAUAAUUUCCUGGAGCAAGCCUUUGACAGGCUGGCCGAGGUGGGCUUCCACAUGGUUGCGUGCAGCUCCACGGGCACCUGCGCGUACGCGAGUAACGACCCCAACGAGGACAAAAUCUGGACGAGUUACACCGAGUACGUUUUUUGCAGGGAGUGAGGUGGACACACUUUUGGAAACUCUUAUUCUAACACAUUUCUCGGACACUCGCCUUUCCAUUCGUUACGCGCCACGAAUGUGUAGUUUUUUCCACAAUGUCAAUAUGUAAAGACUCUCAGUCGCUGAGCAGACGUUUUGUGCAUAUUUUGUGUGUAAGUAAUAAUUUAAUAAUAGCGGUCUCCAAAAUCUGUCGUCUGUUCCCAUAGUUAAAACAACCGCUGACAGCAAAUUUCAGUAUUUAAACAACAGUAGGUUUGGACUGGAGGAAGCACAAAAUGUACUCUGAUACGACCUACAUUUAAGUUCUUCAUAUUUUGGGAUAUUAAAAGUUCGUUACAUUCCUGCAUUUACAAGUUGACCUUUUUUGAGAGCAAACACAAUAGAGACAAAAAUGCAAUGUUUUCCCAGUAGUAAAACAGCAAUCUGUUCCAUGAGUAAAUAUAUACCACCCUCCCCUCUGCUUUUCACUGAACAUUCACAUUUCUGAGAUGAUAAUUUGCAUUUUUUGUGUUUGCACUUCUGUGUAUUUUUUUUUUUUAAUUAUUACUCUUAGUCAAGAUGUCUGUCAGCUUCAUACACAUAAUAAACUAAUCAUGAAAGACA